AUGACGAAUCUCGAAAAACAAACAGAUGAAAUAUUAGCAUUACGAUCAAUAUUUGAUACUAAAUUUCGUUUGCUCGAUGACAAUAAUCAAUAUGAAAUCUUAAUUGAUUUUGAUCUAAUUGAACCAUUUAUUAUUCAAUAUAAUGAUGAAAGAACUAUCAUUAAUCAUUUACCAGCAUUUACUCUUAUUAUUCAUUAUCAUGAUAAAUAUCCAAGUGAUUAUCCUCCUUCAUUUAUGCUUUCAUGUUUUUAUUUUUCAAAAUCAUCUUUACAAAAUCUUUGUCAAAAACUUGAUAAUUAUUCAUUUAUAAAAGAUGAAGUUUGUGUUUAUGAUUGGAUCGAGUUGAUAAAGCAUGAAAUUACUAAUGAACUUAUACUUCAAACUAAAGACGAUGAACAAAUGAAUGACCCACGAGCAUUAAAUGGAUAUUCAAAUGAGACUAUUGAUCAAACUUAUCAAUCCUUAAUAAAUUAUAAUAAUGAACAACAUGAAAAACAAUUUCAAAAUCAACUUCAAACAUGUUUAAUAUGUACAGAUAUCAUUCCAGGAAUGGAUUUUAUUCGUCUUCAUCGUUGUAGACAUUUUUAUUGUCGGCCAUGUUUAAAUAAUUAUGUUAGAAUAACAUUAAACAAUGGAAAAUUUGGUGAAAAACUUCAUUGUCCACAAACUCAAUGUCAAAAAGCAUUACUUCCAAAUGAAAUUAAACAAAUUAUUCAAGAUGCUCAAUUAUAUCAAAGAUAUGAAAGAUUAACAUUACAACAUGCUCUAGAAUCAAUGAACAAUGUUAUCUGGUGCCCAAGUGGUGAUGAUAAUUUAGCUAUAUGUGAUCAAUGUCAUUAUACAUUUUGUAAAAAAUGUAAAGAAAAAUAUCACUUUCAAGCAAUGUGUCCAGAAGAUCAUCUCGCUGAACAAUUAAGAUUACAGCAGAGAAAAAUACGUGAAAGAAUUGCAAAACAACAGAUUGAGGAACGUGAAAGAACUCAAAAUGGAAAAGAUCAGAAGAAAAUUGCCAAAAAACGAGAAAAAGCUCAUGCAGAAUCAAUUAGAAUCGAUAAAGAAAAAAAAGAUUUAGUUGAAAAAAAUCUUGCUAAACAACAAUAUCGUGAAAUUGCCAUUGACUUAUCUGAAGAAGAUGCUUUAUUAGAAGAAAUCUUAAAUGCUGAACGAAUGGAAGUACUCAAUACUCAACCAUGUCCAAGUUGUCAUGUAAAAAUUGAAAAAAAUGGUGGUUGUUUACAUAUGCAUUGUUCAAGAUGUGGUUAUUCGUUUAUUUGGGCUGCACUAGAACGAUCUCAACCUCUUCAAAUGACUUCAUUGUUAUAUCAUUCUUCUGAUGCUAUGCCAGUCCAAUCUAUCAAAACAGAAUUGUAUAAAAAAUCAGAUACAGAAAAAGUACCUGAACAAUCGAAAGAAGAUGAAAAGGAGCUAGAUUCGACAGUUUUAAUUAAUAAUCGAUCAUUGACUGGUUCUGCUAUCGUCAAACGAGUAAAACAAUGUCCGAAUAAUUCAUGCAUCAAACUCAAUGUUAAAAUGGGUGAAGAUAAUUGGAUAGAACGAGAAAAAAUGGAUAUCGAUAUAAAUAAAAUAUUUGAUAAGGGUCCUUUUUCUAUUGGAGAAGUUUCGUAUGAAUAUCCAAUUGUAAAUGAUACUGAAAUAACACCAUUCUCCACUAAUCUUACAACACAAAUUCGUGGACAAUUAUAUUUUCCAAAUAAUACUCAAGGCUCAUUACCUAUUCUUGUUUUUCUUCCUGGAAAACAUGCAGAUUGUCGUUUACUUGCAUUACCUGGAUAUCCUGGUCUUGAUACAGGAGCAACGGAUAUUUUCGGUCAUUGUCAAGAUAAUUUACCCAGAGUUGCUAGUCAUCUUGGCUAUGCUUAUCUUAGUGAAUAUUUUGCAUCACAUGGUUAUAUAGUUAUUUCAAUUGAUGUUGCUUUAAUAAAUAAUAGAUGGCCAAUUCCUGGUGAUCUUACAUUGAAUUUCGUUCGUGCACGAAUUGUUCUUCGAACUUUACAAAAAAUGAUCGAAUUAAAUAAUAAUGCUGAAAUGUCUAAACAAAUUUUAAAUGGAAUUGAUUUAUCAGGUAAAUUUGAUUUCACUCAAAUUGGAUUGAUGGGACAUUCACGUGGUGGUGAAGGAGUUCGAAAUGCUUAUAAUAUGUUAAUGGAAAAUAAAGGACCAUGUGAUACUCCCAAAUGGCGAGAACGAUUAUCAGGUGUGAUGAUUAAAGCAAUUAUGGAAAUUGUACCAAUGUAUUAUGGAGAGAAUGGAACUAGAUUUGGCGUUGAAAAUGUUCCAUGGGCAAUGAUGGUAUCAGGAUGUGAAGAUGAUGAAAUCGAUUAUGCUCAUGUCUAUUUAGCUUAUCGACAACUACAGACCGCUAAACGUCCAAAUCAUGUUAUUCAUGUUUACGGUGCAAAUCAUGAAUAUUUUAAUACUGAAUGGCAAGUUGGAAUACCAGCAUGUUUUGGUGAUCAAGAUCCAUUAUGGGAUGUCAAUGCUCCUACCUUCAAAGUGAGUGAUAUAUUUCCACCAGUUGCAGGUACACCUCUUGAUUAUACUUUAUUGAAAAUUAAUGGAUCAGAAUCACAACGUAAAACAGCAAUAUUUGCAUUAGCAGCAUUUUUUCGUGCAUAUGUUGGUGUUAAUGCUAAUCCUGACUUUGCAAAAUUGCUUAAUCCUUCUACUCCACUUCCUGAUAAUAUGACUGAACUUGGUCGUCAAUAUUUUGAUAAUACACAAUCAAUUCAAUUAUUUAAUGGAACCGGAAAUAUUACAGGUAGUUCCGGCGUUGAAAUCAUGCCAUUACGAAUGUAUGCAGAGUCGAUGUUUCCUUUGUUUGCUACUAGUUAUGAUAAUUCUCUAAUUUCACCACCACAAUUUUUUUCGGAUCCACCCAAAAAAGGUAAUUUAUCAUUAGGUUGUUUAGAACAAAUUGAAAAUGGAGUUCAUAUUAAUUUUGAUAAAAAUAAGCAAUCAGAAGUUAUUAUUUCAUUUAAUAAAAUGGAAAUAAAAAAAAUAUCAGCAAUCGAUAUUCAAUUAGCUCGAAGAAGUUCUUGUUGGUUUACCUCAACUCAUUCGUCGACUUGUGAAGAACCACGAGAAAUGAAACUUAAUAUUCAACUUCAAACAAACACAGGUUUUAGUUCAAAUACGACUGUAUUUUUAAAGAGCCGAUACAAUCUACAAUUUACUCGUUGUGAAGCUAUGAGUUUUCCACCUGAAAAAAUUGGAUUUUUACCUGUUAUGUUUGAAACUGUAAGAAUUCCGGUUACGAAUGGUCUUUAUGUCAACGGAUUAAAAUUAAGUAGUCAAAAUGGUGGUAGUUUAGUAUUGGAUAAUAUUGCAGCUAUUAUUCAACAAUCUUCCAACGCUUCUUUCUUAUCAAUAUCAAUAUAUUUACUUUUUAGUUUAUUUUUUAUAUCAGUUAUUUUUCAUGCUUAUUAA